UAAAUUUAAUGGUAUCGUGUGCUUAAUAUUGCAUGUUUAUCUCAGCUCCAGGAUGCAUCUUCAUGACAUAUUUGGGAUUUAUGAUAGCCAUUGGAUCUGAAACUGUUUAUGUAGUGCCUCACAGUCGAAUCGAAGGGGCCUUUGCAUUGUUUAUUACAGCUGUGGUAUUUGCUUUAUUGAUCCAAGCUUUAUGCCAUAUUUUUUGCAAUCAGCUACAAUAGUGAAUAUUCUCAAGUCUAAAGACAGCAGAAUGUUGACGAGUGGAUUAAUUCCCAAUAAAUCAGAGAUGCUGAAUUGGAAAUGUAAGACAUUCCAAAGUAACCAAAUUUCCAACUGUCUGAAUCCGCAGAACAAUCAUAAUGAUAUAAAUUACCUAGAUGUUAAUAAAUAUGCAAUUAUGAUAUAAAAAUAAAAAGA